AUGCCAGUCUUGAAGCGGGUCCGAAGAAAGCUUUCUCGUACCAAGUCGAUGCCUGGAGACGGGAAUCAAUCUGAACCACAGCCAUGGCCAAGCAACGCCUUGUCCUUGACGCCAUCUGACGAGCAGCUUGUUUCGAAACUAGCCUUUACCCCGGAAACUGAAAUCAUCGAACGCACACCUGAUCAGCAAUCUCCCUCCAUUCGAACACGUCGAUCUGAAAGAACCGUCUUCAACAAUGUCGAUUCGGGUAUUCUCUCGUUGCCCACAGAGCUCCUAGUCUUUCUUCAGCAGUACUUGGCCCCCAGCAGCGAAGUCGCUCUGCGCCACAGCUGCUCGAGGUUUUUUCACCUCUACCGGACAGCUUCUUUCCUGUUAGCUGGGAAAGAGUUGUUUGACUUCCUUUGCAUGACCGAACGCGAUCAGGAUCCCACGGAACUGGACAGACUGGUGUGCGGCAAGUGUCAGGAAUUGCACAUUCGGUCUACCUUUCCUUCAUCUGAGGUCAAUCAGGAACCCACCUCUCGAGACUGCCGACAAAUCUGGCUCUGUGCGCAUCGUUAUCUAGGAUACCAGAAGACGAUACGGACCAUCAAAGCGGGUGUGGAGUCUCCUUUCCGAGUUGAAACCCUCGACCCCUGUUCCCGAUGCAGAAUUUCGAUCCGCAACAGAUCAGUGGCGGAUCGCCCGGAAAAGGGCACAUCAGCUAUUGAUUUGGAAAACCCCAAAUCGGAAUCAUUGCUGAUCUCCAAAAUUGCUCUCCUCCAGGCCCCUUCUCCGCUGUAUAACACUAGGACAAGUGGUGGCAGUGGCAUGUACAAAGAAGUUUUUCAGGUCAAGGAUGUUUCAGCUGCCCUUCAAGCAAUCGAUUUUCAACUCUGCUCUCACCUCAAGUUAGGCGAUCCCUACAUUCUGAGCAAAUUCUGCCGAGCAUGUAUCAAUACUCAGCGUCUUCCUUCAGGAGUAAAGGGGCCGCCUUGCAUCAACGAAUCAAAACGGGAGUUUGGUGAAACAAGGUCGGGUGCAAAGUGUAAAGGUACCUGCUAUACUCGAGGUUGUAAAACACAAUUCAUGUUUCAAGCUCGUGAGAGUCUUUCACCCGACAUCUCUGGGAGACGACAAGUGUGGUUGAUCAUUGUAGCCUAUCGUUGGCUUGGUCCACUCUUAACCGCUGGAAGAGAUUCAACAUGGAGCGAUCACGCGGUCGACCACAAAGAACGAAAAGAAAUGCGUGGAAAAUGGGCGGAAUGGGAAAGGGCAAAUCGGACAGGACGACCAUGCAUGCCGAAUUGGAGCAUCUGCCUUCUUCAUCCGGAAGAUUCGAACCUACGCUGA